AUGAGCGACUGUAGCAGCACCUCCGGCAGCAGUUGGUCGGACUCGGAAAGCCAAUUUGACCUCCCGCCCAACGACAAGCCUGACGCGGCGCCGAUAUGCCCGACCUGCAGGGAGCCGUUUGGGCUUGCGCAGGUGCUCGGCGCGCAACUCUCCGGACGGAUGCCGUCACGAGAGACGGCGCUGGAAUUUCGAGAUAUGGCGGAGCGCGAUCCCCAACAUCGCUCAUUCUCACUCGUCUCAAACCGCGCCCGAACCGAAUUACUCGAGACCUUCAGAAUCCCCGGCCCUCUCAAUAUCACCUGUAUCGAGUAUAACGAAUGUCCGGUCCGAGGAACGUACCGUCGCCCAGGCCGCGGUGAAAAAGAGUCGGAGUUUGAUAUGAUGAGAAUGCUAGCCCGAUAUCGACAGCGACAGGGAUAUCGGUUGCAUUACGGCGUCUAUUGGGACCCGAGCGUAAGCACGCACGCAGGAUUCGCCUGGGAGACGUUCUAUAUGGCCAAUUCGUUCGGUUUCAGCUCACACAACCCCGAAAACAGCCUUGAUCGUUUCAGCCGACGAGCGUUUGGGUGGAUACAUCGGAUAAACGUGAAUACGCUCGUUGGCCACCGGGCUCAAGAAGCCUUUCGGAAUCUGUGUGAUCAGUUGGCGACGUUGCGGACGAGCGCCAGGGGUGACUACAAGGAGCUGAUGCUAUCCGACGAGUGCGUGCAGAAGUACCUAUGCCACUCGUUCGACUAUGGCCACAGAACCUCGCUUGCAAACGCCCCGGCGUUCGUUGAUCUGGUCCUGCUUCUUGCCGCAAAGCUCGUUUUCGCCGUAAAAGCCAAGAAAUGGAACCUCAGGCUAGGUUGGGGUCCGAAUGCCUUCCGCUACAAGUGGUCUUGCCCCUUUGAUCACACUGUGCCCGGGCACAGAUACCCGUUCUCACAGCUGAUCCGCACGGAAUGCACACAAGAAGAGAAGGAUGCGGCAAAAGCGAUAUUUGACCGGAAGUAUCAAGAAAUGGUAGAUGGCGUCAAACGCGAAAAGAACUUCCACCAAUCAUCCAUAGAAGAGGUUGAAGCCAUUGUCAAGGGAAAACGACCGAGACGACCUGAUCUGCUUUCAUUGAAGCGCAAGCGCGAGGCGACAAAAGAACAUGAGCUUUCCUUGAAGCGAAAGAGAGCGGCGGAGAGGCUAGAGGAGCGACCACGUCAACCAUUGAGACCGACGCCGAGCUCGCUGAUGCGGGGGCCACCAGACAGAGAGGGCAUGAGGAGGCAAGGUGGGCUACGUGCCAUUCCCCACACUGCAGAGGCCCGCAUGAGGCCCCAGAGAGCUCCUACAAGCCCUGGCCCUGAUUCGGACGAUGAUGAGCCAAAAAUGUCUCCUGAGCAGAUUGCAGAAUGGGAGAACAAGAUGAGGUUCAGCAACUUUCGGGAUGAUGGGGAGGGUCAGGGUGGGACCUAA